AAAUAUAGUAGUGCAGUUACGUUUUCUGAGCACUUAUUGUUUAGCAGUCAUGAUUUUUGCAGUGCUCAUUGUGUCGUUCUGUGGGUUGCUGGUGUUAUGGAGCAAGUUAAAACCACGUGGCCCGUCGCCUCCAGUUCAUCCUGGAGCAUUACCGAUAUUGGGACACGCUCAUCAAUUGUAUGGAGACCCUAAAAAGUUUUGGGUGACCAAGAAAAAAAUGUAUCAGUUCAGUUUGGACAGUGGUGGUGUCUCCGAGAUAAGACUUGGUCCUCAUUCUGUCUACGUGUUAACUGAUCCAGAUGACAGUCUAGUCAUAGCUAACACAUGCCUGAACAAGCCAUAUUACUAUGAUUUUGCCAAGGAAAUGUUCAACAGAGGACUCGUCACAGCUAGUUUAACAACAUGGAAACCACACAGAAAACUAUUGUACCCAGCUUUUAAUAUGCAGGUCUUGGCCACAUUUGUAACUGAAUAUAAUACUCAAUCCCGAAAUCUGGUCGCAGCUCUGAAAGCUGAAGUUGGAAAAGAGCCGUUCAAUGUAAGACAAUACUUGGUCAACCAAUUGUUAAAAACUGUUUGUCAAACUUCAUUGGGCUUAGAAACAAAAGACAAAUCAAUCGAUGAAGACUAUGCAAACGCUACGGAAGAUCUUUUCAUGUUAUUCAUCGAGAGAUUGAAGAAAAUAUAUUUGCAUUUACCUUUUAUAUUUGCUUGGAGUUCCAUAAAGGCCAAACAGGAUCAAUUGUUGAAGAUCACGAAUGAAGCCAUGUUCAGGGUGAUUGAUAAACGAAAAGUUGAAUUAAAAGGCAGUGUGGUCAAAAACAAAACGCCAACUAGAGAUGUUAAAUUUAAACCACUGUUAGAUCAACUCCUAGAACUAUCUGAUACACAAGACGCUCUAUCGGAUGCCGAAAUUAGAGAGCAUUUGGACACAGUUGUAGCAGCAGCUUAUGACACUACAGCCACAGCAAUUACUUACGCUUUGAUAUUAUUAGGAACCUAUCCAGAAAUACAAGACCGUGCUUAUAAAGAGAUUAAAACAGUACUAGGUGAUGAAGAUAAAGAUAUAUCCAAAGAUGAUUUGCAGAAGUUAGUGUAUAUAGAAGCAGUUUUAAAAGAAAGUAUGAGAAUGUACCCGUCUGUUCCAUGCGUAGCAAGAAGUAUAGAGACGGAUGUGCAACUAAAGAACUACACGCUACCAGCUGGUUCAUCUUGUAUGAUAUCAAUUUAUGGAAUGAAUCACCAUGCAAUGUGGGGUGCUGAUGUGGAUGAGUUCAAACCAGAGCGAUGGCUGGACCCAUCAACCUUGCCAGACAAUCCAAAUGUAUUUUGUAGUUUCAGUUUAGGCAAACGUAACUGCUUAGGUCGUCUAUACGCCAUGUUGGUGAUGAAAACGAUGUUAGCGCACAUACUCCGCAAGUUCCUGAUCAUCAGUGAUAUAAACAGCAUUACAACUCAAUACGAUAUUCUUAUAAAACCAGCUGAUAAUUCACAAAUACGUUUAGAAUUAAGAUCGGAAUAGUGCGACCUUAUUAUAACGCCGGCUCCACACGUUGGCCCUAACAUUUCCGUCAGAGCCAAUGUGAAGAUGUCCGAUACUAAAAUCGAAAUUGAUUUAUUAAUUUUUAUGAUCCUUUCGAGAUUGGUUCCAUAUUAUUCGAUGUGCCUGAUAUAGUUGUUUAAAUGGGUGGCGAAUUUGUUGUUGAUGACAUCUCAACGUACCUGUGCAUGACCUACGCAUUCGAAGUGUGUUGUAACAGGACGGAAUUUGGCGCCAAUAUGUAGACGGGUCGCGAAUAUUGGCACAUAUUUCUUUGAUAAAACCGACACUCGCUGUCCAACUACCAACGUUUGCUGCAACUUUGGAGCCAAAGCUAUUGUGUUAUAUGAGUUGGCACCACCGUGUGAAGCCGGCGUUCAUAUUGCCACAAUAUAAUUUAGAAGUUAUACCUUCAUAUUGCUUUUAAAUCAUGUUCACAUAAUUAGCAUUGGUUACCGGGCCAGCCGUAUAGUUUGCUGAAAAAAUAUCCUUCAACUUAAAUACCGGUUUAGUAUUGAUAUGAAU